UUCCUGAAGCCUCCUCAGCCCUCAAAGACCAACCAACAGACAGACAGACAGCUGGCAAGAGGCAGCCUGGGGGACACAGCUGCUUCAGUGAACCUCAUGGCUGAGUAAGCCUCCCCUGGGCCCAGCACCCCACCCAGCAUGGUCCAGGACCGUGGCGGGGGUGCUCCAGAGCACGGCUGCCGACCUGGUCUUUGGGGGCAGCCAUGACCCAGCCUCCACCCACCAAAGCACCAGCCAAGAAGCAUGUGCGACUGCAGGAGAGGCGAGGCUCCAAUGUGGCUCUGAUGCUGGAUGUGCGGUCCCUGGGAGCUGUAGAGCCCAUUUGCUCAGUGAACACACCCCGGGAGGUCACCCUACACUUUCUGCGCACAGCUGGACACCCCCUCACCCGCUGGGCCCUGCAGCACCAGCCACCCAGCCCCAAGCAGCUGGAAGAGGAAUUCCUGAAGAUCCCCUCAAACUUUGUCAACUCUGAAGACCUGGAUAUUCCUGGCCACGCCUCCAAGGACCGAUAUAAGACCAUCUUGCCAAAUCCCCAGAGCCGUGUCUGUCUAGGCCGGGCACAGAGCCAAGAAGACGGAGACUACAUCAAUGCCAACUACAUCCGAGGCUACGACGGGCAGGAGAAGGUCUACAUUGCGACCCAGGGCCCCAUGCCCAACACCGUAUCGGACUUCUGGGAGAUGGUGUGGCAGGAAGAAGUGUCACUCAUUGUCAUGCUCACUCAGCUCCGAGAAGGCAAGGAGAAAUGUGUCCACUACUGGCCCACAGAAGAGGAAACCUAUGGACCCUUCCGGAUCCGCAUCCAAGGCACAAAAGAAUGUCCAGAAUACACUGUGCGGCAGCUCACCAUCCAGCACCAGGAGGAGUGCCGGGUAGUGAAACAUGUCCUCUUCUCUGCCUGGCCUGAUCACCAGACCCCAGAAUCGGCUGGGCCUCUGCUGCGCCUGGUGGCCGAGGUGGAGGAAAGCCCAGAGACAGCUGCCAACACUGGGCCCAUCGUAGUCCACUGCAGUGCAGGGAUUGGCCGGACUGGCUGCUUCAUCGCCACCCGAAUUGGCUGUCAACAGCUGAAGGCCCGAGGGGAAGUGGACAUUCUGGGUAUCGUGUGCCAACUGCGGCUGGACAGGGGCGGGAUGAUCCAGACCACAGAGCAAUACCAGUUCCUGCACCACACCCUGGCCCUGUAUGCGGCCCAGCUACCGGAGGAGCCCUGCCCCUGACCGCUGGUACCUCCACCAGCCCAGGUGCCAGAUCCCCCCACGCCUGGGCAGGUGGUUCUGGGGAAAGUGGGCCUUGUGAUCUGAGGGAUCCCCUGGGCGGGCAUGGGGAAGGGGUGCUUCCUCAGCGGGCACAUGCGGUCACAGGAAGUUGCAUCGGCAAGAACGGGGACCAGACUCCAGGUCUUUACCACCGGCCACUCUUCUGCUUCCUCUAGUAGCCCCAAGUGGACACUUGGGGGAACCUCCCGUGUCUCUCUGAACUUCGAGCUAGGAACUGGCAUUUAUGAGACAGCCGAGAAAGGACCAGUGUCCCAGUCUUGUCUAAAGUGUUCUGUGAGCUUCAUCUCUCCGUCUACGACAUGGGCAUUAGGUGCUUUGCUGCCAUAGGGAAAAGUAAUCAGAGAAGCUCCCAGAAGCCGCUCCAGCUGUAUCCCCUUCCUGGGCCUGGCAAGAGAGUGAUCCCCAAGAUCAUCUUCCACCUGGGCCCUGCCCAAGACCUGGCCAGAUGCGGGAGCUGGGAAAAGUCUGGUCCUGACCGUGGCCAAGUUCUCAACCUCCCGGCAGUGACUUUCCGCUUCCUCACCCCACAUCUGUGAGGGCUGGAUACCCCCCAAAGAGAACAAGGACCCAGACUACCCCUGUGCCCACACCUGUGUCCUGGGAUCAGGCUACAGAGGUGACCAGGCCAGUCAUCUGAGACUUUUGGAAGAGGGAACGUGUGGCAACCCCUCAGAGGCCCAGAGGGCUGCCCCUGCCUCCAUAAUUGCCAGCCACUCACCCCAGCUACUCCCGAGAGAGGCCCAGCAUCUUCUGUCUUCCUUUCAUGACCUCAGAAGGUACCCUGGGUAACAGGAGGUAUAAAAGAACGAACGGUGAGGAAGAAACAAGGAGCAAGAAACAAGAAACUCCUGCGCCCUGCCCCCAUCCACCCCUGCAUUUGCAGAGUACAGCUGGAGAGCCUGGCUGUUUCCAUGAACUAUCUGGGUGAAGCACCGCGCACAGAGACCAGGGGCCUCAGCCUGGGACCGCAGAGUUGGGACCCUCAUAGCCUCUCCCAGAGAACUAACUCCUUUCAUCAUCUCGGCACCAAUACAAUUUCCAGGGCACCCAAGAUCUAUCUCAGGGCUCACCUACACUCUCCAGGAAGGCAUCCAGAUCCUUCGUCCUUGAAUCCAAAAUGAGCUGCCUGUGGGGAUGAAGAAAGGCACCAUCUCUCCGGGCACUCAGCCCCUGGGGUCUGCCUUGACUGAUGCCAGCUCUCUGUGGAACCCCCCAAGGAGCUGGAUCCUGGCGAGCAGCUGGGCCUCCUUAUUCACGACAUCGCUUCUGAAGCACGUGCAACGUUGAAACUGAGGUUAAUUUUCUUAACACUUCCGCUUGGUCUCACAAUGGAAUUCUUCCUUCCUUACAGCCCCAGGAAUGGCUCACCUGCUCCUAACCCCUUUGGGAGGCACUCGCAGCCUGUGCCUGUGAAGGAGGGCACAGAGCUCUCAAGUGCCUGAUCCUGCCCUGAGCUCAGACCCAACCGGGAGGCAAGCAGGUGCGUGGCCAUAGACCCACAGGUUCCCCACCCUAUAACUGUGGCCCCAACCCCAUUCUAGAACUUAGAGAGUACAAGCUCUGGAAAAGGAACCAAGUGGGAGAAUAAAAACCUUUUGGAUGACUGA